UUUUUUUUUUGGGUGGGCGUGGUGUGUGCGCGAAUUUUUGCGUGAAUUUCGUUUGCAUUAAAAAUUACUUCUUGAACGAGUGUUUAAUUUUUAAUUGCAUCUCUAAUGGACCGUGCAUUGCGCGGAUGCUUCUACGGCGAGAUUAUCAUCAUGCUAUGCCAUUACCAUAAGUGUGUCAAGGCCAAUUGAUCGUUUGUAAGGGCGAGGCGAGGGUGCAACUGCCAACUGCUGCAACAUAGCGCGCCACUAGUAACAGGAGAUCUAACGAGUGCAGUCCUAUCGAAGUUCGAGGUUGAACGUGAAGAAAAAAUGGCACAUUUGGACAAGCUGAGCACCAAGGAGCUGGAAGAUAUCCUCUGCCAGCUAUGCACGGAGGAGAACAUCAAGGUAGCUGUCUCGGGUGACGAAGACUCAAAAAAGGGGCUCGCCAAGAGCGCAGGAUCCGCAAUCGGGGGAAAGGUGCUUAAUAAGGUUGGACUUGGCGGGUUUGGUAGCCUCCUGAGCGGCGGUGGCUCCAAAGAUAGUGGGAAGGAAGCCAGUGCCGCUGAGACACGACCAGCAGCGGAUGUUAUCCGUGAGCUGCCACAGGAUGAUAAAGAUAAGCUUGCGGACACGGUACAGUCCACUAUUUCAGGAAUGGGCUUCAAGGAUUUUACCGACCCCCAGGCACUCUGGAAUUUCAUUUCCAACAAUGCUAUGGUGAAGCAGCUAAUCACUACUGCUGUUCAGAGCUUCCUGGGCAACUUCUUGAAGGCUUCAGGUGGUGGUGCUGCCUAAAGCAUUUGGAAGCAAAUGGCCCACUUAAGCUUUAGCUGCUCUGUCCUAUACUUGUCACCAGUGGAAUAUUUCCCUUUACUUGGUUGUUGAUGUUAAAGGCUCAAAGCAUUGUUGACCAUUACAGCAGCUAGUGCCGGAUUUACAAUGGUGGGGGCCCCCGAAGGUACUGCGCUGUGGUGGCCCAUUUGGAUGGAGGAAGGUCAGGUUUUUAUAGAAUUUUAACUUCAGUACGACCUGCACGUAUUACUGUAUAAUAUAUCACAUGUUGAUGUACACAAUAAGUUUCAAUAGACAGACUUGUUUCAUUUAUAAAUGCUCUGUUGUCAAACAUACUAAUUCACUCAUUUCAACUUAUUGGGCACCCCACCAAAUUUCAAGCACCAGCGAUUCCCACCAGGUAGUUGUCUUCAAUGUCAAGAUACUUGUCACAGUACGAGGAAACGUUUGUUCUGUGCUAUUUCCGUUUUUACUUUGCUGUAGUAAUCUCAGUUGUCUUGCAACGUAAAACCCCUAAUUAUUAUUAUUACUUUGCUGUGGCACAAAUAUCAAACUAUAUAAAAAUUCUGACUGGAUAUGAAGAUAUAAAAGUGAUGGAUAGGAAAGUGAGGAAGAAAACAUAAAGGAAUAAAAAAAAUAUCAGUUACAGACAGACUUUGUGAAAGUGGGUGCCCUGGUGCAUACGCCCGGUCUGCCCCCUCCCCCUUAAAUCCAGCACUGACGGCAGCUAAAACAAGUUUUUUGUUUUUUGUUCACUAGUUUCAUGGAAGUAUCAUAGGGAAACACAAGAAAAUAUGCUGACUGAGCAACUGAGAGGAUCACUCCUGUAUUCUUGGCCACUUUCAGUUUGGACGAAAUUUUAGUCUACAUAGUGCAUGGGCAAAGUAACUACUUUAUUGUGGUCCUAUGCUUUGUACUUUAUAUUGUGUGUUCGGUACUGUCCGUCACAGGUAGCUUUUUACAUGCUUGAUAUGCCACCAUGGGUUCUCUACUCUUCUUGUUUUACUUAACUGCAACAUUUGUUCAGCACAAAGUGGAGUGCAUGCCUUUAUGUAUACAAAAAUGCAGACAGAACUUUUGAAAUGCUCAGGGAUUGCUUUUAUAUUUGCAUUAAGAGAGAGACGGUCUGUACUUUCAUAAUCAUGCAAGUUUUACCUCAUUUGUCUUCCCUCGUUGAUUCUUUUUAGUGCCUCCACAUGUUACUUAGAACCCUUAAUAUAAGGACUUGAACGGUCACUAUUCAUAACAGUUUGACUGUAUCUCAAAUUUAAUUUGCAUGUUCAAGUAAGCAUCUGCCAUGCGUGAGAUUAUUUUGUUUGUGCAUAUCAAGGUUUUUUUACUUCACAAUUGAAACCACUGAGACACCAGAAAGUGCUUGCUGCAACUGCGACCGUGGGCAGCUUCUCUCCUCUAUGACUGCUUGCAUGAAAGCUUAGUAUAGAUUCAGCAAAGUGGUAUUUUUGAGCGUGCUUUUAAUCGAGUGUGUCAUCAGCUACACACUUGCUAUAGCAUUGAGGUAAUGCUACCAUUUGUCUUAGUGGCAUUCUUAGAGCCUCGGUAUAAUCUGUGUGCAAUAGUAAGUUGUUACUUAUACUUUCGAGUUUUUGAGAAAGCAAGAUGGUGCAGGCAAGUUGAUUGGAUGGUUAUGAACCUUGUGUAGGGAACUUUCAAGUAUGACAUAAAAAUCAGACAGCGUAUUGUACUUCCUGUCUUUACUCUCAGCUUGCUUCCCCAAUAUUUAAAUAAUUCAGUUUGCUACAGGAUAAGUGAAAGACAAACGGAGAAUUAUAUUUGUUACUUUUAUUCACUCUAAUGUAGUAGUUGUCGCUAUUUUUGCUGCUGUUCAUGUGUAUGUGUGGCAAUAAAUACAUAUGUCCAUCCA